AUGUCGACCACCGUGGAAAAGAUCAAGCAAGUCGAGGACGAGAUGGCUCGGACUCAGAAAAACAAGAACACAUCCUAUCACUUAGGACAGCUGAAGGCCAAACUUGCUAAGCUGAAGCGUGAGCUUCUGACACCAUCAGGAGGAGGCGGUGGUGGUGGAGCUGGUUUCGAUGUUGCCCGUACCGGUGUCGCUAGUGUUGGUUUUAUUGGUUUUCCCUCCGUCGGAAAGAGUACAUUGAUGAGCAAAUUAACGGGUCAACACUCCGAAGCCGCGGCGUACGAGUUCACCACAUUGACAACCGUUCCCGGACAAGUUCUAUACAACGGCGCGAAGAUUCAAAUUCUGGAUCUUCCCGGUAUCAUUCAAGGUGCCAAGGAUGGUAAAGGUCGUGGUCGACAGGUUAUUGCUGUCGCCAAGACCUGCCAUCUUAUCUUCAUCGUUCUCGAUGUCAACAAGCCGUUGGUUGACAAGAAGGUGAUUGAAAAUGAAUUGGAGGGCUUUGGUAUCAGAAUCAACAAGCAGCCCCCGAAUAUCGUGUUCAAGAAGAAGGACAAGGGUGGUAUCUCGAUCACGAGCACCGUACCCCUCACUCAUAUUGAUAACGAUGAAAUCAAGGCUGUUAUGAGCGAAUACAAGAUCUCUUCUGCUGAUAUUUCCAUUCGAUGUGACGCAACAAUCGAUGACCUCAUUGACGUUCUUGAGGCUAAAAGCCGCGCAUAUAUCCCCGUCGUCUACGCUCUGAACAAGAUUGACGCCAUCACUAUCGAAGAACUCGACCUUCUAUACCGAAUUCCCAAUGCCGUCCCUAUCAGUUCGGAGCAUGGCUGGAACAUCGACGAACUUUUGGAGAUGAUGUGGGAGAAACUCAACCUCCGACGAGUUUACACGAAGCCGAAGGGCAAAGCCCCUGACUAUACUGCCCCCGUUGUGCUCAGGUCCACUGCCUGCACCGUCGAGGACUUUUGUAAUUCGAUUCAUCGAACGAUUAAAGAUCAGUUCAAGCAAGCUAUUGUGUAUGGUCGGUCCGUCAAACAUCAACCGCAGCGCGUCGGUCUCACUCAUGAGCUGGCUGAUGAGGAUAUCGUGACGAUUAUCAAGCGGUAA